AUGGGUAAUAACGGGAUCUGUAAUCUACGGAGAAAGGCUGAGCGAGACCAAAAGGGCUGGAAUCUGAAGCCAGGCAAAUUCCAGCUAGAAAUUAGGGCCAAAUAUUUAGCACUGAGGGUGAUUAACCACUUGGACACACUGAGAAGCCGCAUCCGUUCCAGGGACGGGGAGCUCUGCUGGGACGAUCCCCUGCUGGCUGCCGGGCCGGGCGGGACCCGGGCGUCCCGGCCCCCGCGUUCCCCUGCCCGAGCCGGGCGGGACCCGGGCGUCCCGGCCCCCGCGUUCCGCUGCCCGAGCCGGGCGGGACCCGGGCGUCCCGGCCCCCGCGUUCCCCUGCCCGAGCCGGGCGGGACCCGGGCGUCCCGGCCCCCGCGUUCCCCUGCCCGAGCCGGGCCGGACCCGGGCGUCCCGGCCCCCGGUGUUCCCCUGCCCGAGCCGGGCGGGACCCGGGCGUCCUGGCCCCCGGCGUUCCCCUGCCCGAGCCAGGCGGGACCCGGGCGUCCUGGCCCCCGGCGUUCCCCUGCCCGAGCCGGGCGGGACCCGGGCGUCCCGGCCCCCGGCGUUACCCUGCCCGAGCUGGAGAGGACCCAGGCGUCCUGGCCCGGCAUUACCCUGCUCUCUGUCUCCGCAGACCUGGAGUUCACGGUGCGGGUCCUGCUCUAUGCGCUGAUCUUCCUGCUCAGCGUCUUUGGGAACUCGCUGAUCAUCGUGGUGCUGGUGCUGAAUCGCCGCCUGCGCACGGUCACCAACUCCUUCCUGCUCUCGCUGGCGCUGAGCGACCUGCUGCUGGCGCUGUGCUGCAUGCCCUUCACCCUCGUGCCCAACCUCAUGGGCACCUUCGUCUUCGGCCCCGCCGUCUGCAAGCUCGUGGCCUAUCUCAUGAGCAUCUCCGUCAGCGUCUCCACCUUCAGCCUGGUGGCGAUCGCCAUUGAGCGGUACAGCGCCAUCUGCAACCCGCUGCAGUCCCGCGUGUGGCAGACCCGCUCCCACGCCUACCGGGUCAUCGCCAGCACCUGGCUGCUGUCCCUGCUGCUCAUGCUGCCCUACGCCAUCUUCAGCACCACCGUGCCCCCGCCCGGCCCGCCUCGCCAGUGCCAGCACCGCUGGCCCAGCCAGCCCUUCAAACAGGCCUGGUACAUCCUGCUGCUCCUCAUCCUCUUCUUCAUCCCCGGCACGGUGAUGGCCGUGGCCUACGGACUCAUCUCCCGCGAGCUCUGCCGCGGCAUCCGCUUCGAGAUGGACUUCAAGAGAGAAGCCACCAGUCUCCAGCACGGCAGCACGGAGCCCCUGGCACCGGGGGUGGAGGACGACGGCUGCUACGUGCAGCUGGCCAGGCCGGGGGGGGCGCUGGAGCUGAGCUUGCUGGGCCGGGCGGGCGUGGGGCAGCCGGACCGCGCCCGCGUUAACAGCUCGCAGGCCAUGCUGCUGGCCAAGAAGCGGGUGAUCCGCAUGCUGAUCGUCAUCGUGGUGAUGUUCUUCCUCUGCUGGCUCCCCAUCUUCUCUGCCAACACCUGGCGCGCCUUCGCCCCGGCCUCGGCCCAGCGGGCGCUCUCGGGCGCCCCCAUCUCCUUCAUCCACCUGCUGUCCUACACCUCGGCCUGCACCAACCCGCUCAUCUACUGCUUCAUGAACCGGCGGUUCCGCUCCGCCUUCGCCGCCACCUUCGCCCGCUGCCGCCCCCGGCGCCCGCCCCGGCCCCCGCCCGACGACGACAUGCCCGCCACGGGCGCCUCCCUCUCCAAGAUCAGCUACACCACCGUCAGCAGCCUGGGCCCCCCCUAGGGACCCCCCUAGCACCCCCCGUCAGCAGCCAGGCGCCCCCCUAGCGCCCCCCGUCG